ACCCGCAGGAACCUCCCAGCCCAGGCACAGAGAGAGGCAGGGAACCCGCAGGAAUCUCCGGUGCAGAGAGGCUUGUGCUGCCUGGUAGCCUCUGCUCUGCUCCCCCGGACUCUUGUCUCUCGGCUGUUGUCAAGCGUGACCAUACAUGAAUGGUUCUGGUGGUCCACUCAGGUUUGAGUGGUUCUUCUGAAUAUUUUUUUUAAAUUUGAAUCGCUAUUUUAAGUCGGGAGAGGCGGUUGAAGGAAUGUAUCCCCCCACAUGCAGCUGAGAGAGAGAGAGAGAAAGAGAGAGAGUGGGGCAGGUCCGGACAAAGUGCAGAAUGAGCUCACGCCAGGAGAGGAGUGAGUGGAACGAAGCGCAGAGACACCAGCUGUAGAGUGGGAGACGUCCACCGCAGAGGGAUUACCAAGCUGGAGCUGGGGAGCUGUCCCUAGAUGAGACGGGUCAUUGGACAGAGGCCUAAACUGUCCUGUGUCUUCACCCAUGGAGCUCAGAUCCAGGUGACAACAGGGAAUGUACCGGUCAUUUGGAGCUCAGGCUUCUGAUUACACUUCAUUCCAAGGUACUGCUGUCUCCAGACGGACAGGAAUCGUGUAACGUCUGGAGCGUCCUUGAUCUCAGAACCAUGUAGAACCAUGUGUUCUGGCAAUUCUAGAGUGAAGUUGCUUACCUGGAGAGGAAGAAUUUAAGCUUCUGGAUCUUUUAUUUUUUGGCUGGCGCUGUAAGAACUGAAACAAAGGCUGAAAUGGAUUUAUGACUCAACAUGGAAGAGCAGCUUUCUGGAAGCAUCUAGCUGCAAUAAAGCUGGCAUUAAAUGCAGAUCAUUACUGACGAAGGAGGUACAGUAAUGGUGUGAGCGAUGGAAUAACUCACUGACUCAUCUCAAGCGCAAGAAAGCAUACAGAAAUAACUACAAACAAAAAAACACAACUAAACGGUGCUCGCGCCGGACUCGUGCCUGUGCCUGCCCCCCCUGGACAUGUUCCGACGGAAGAAGAAGCGCAGGAGGCCGGAGAUCUCGGCGCCGCGGGACUUCCAGCACCGCGUGCACACCUCCUAUGACCCGGCGCAGGGCUGCUACCUGGGGCUGCCACCCCAGUGGCAGAGCCUUAUCGACACCCUCAAGAGGCCCAAACCUAUGGUGGACCCCUCCACCAUUACCCAUGUGGAACCCGUCCCCAGGAAGACCAUUGUGCGCGGGAGCUUCAUCGGUCAUGGUGACUACAUCUCCGCUGCCCUCAACCAGAUGGCCCGCCUCUCUGUCUCCAGCUCCAACUCUCUCCGCCGCACCAGCCCAUCGCUACGGAAACGCGCCAAGUCCAUGGGCCGCAUCGGCGAGGUCACCGAGGGCGACGGCUACCAGUACGAGGAGAUGAACGCCGAGGCACUGGCACGGGCAGGUCAGACGAGCCCGUCGGGCGACUGGCAGGAGAGGGUUUGGAAUGUGCACAGCGAGAGAGGCAGCCCGCUGGGGCCUAGCAGGACCGCUGCCACGCUACAGGCCAACGGCGGCGCACCGCGCGCUAAGUCUGUGCACGAGGUGUGCCUCGACCCCUUCGCCCGCCCCAGGGCCACGCCAAGUGGUGCUGCGUCUCCACCUGAGGCCCUCAGAGGUGGGGAGAUGGGCCGCUACGCCAACAGCGAGGCAACCCGCGCUCAGCCAAUCAGGCCUGCUUCCCUUUUCCUAAACCACCCACCCUCCAAUCACACGCCUACUAAGGUUAACCUCAGUCCCAAGCUUGAUGGCAUCUCCAUGGAAACCCCAAGGAGGCCUCACUCGACUUAUGACUUCAAGACAAACUCUAUGGGCAUUGCAGCCAUCUCUCGGCCCAAUGGCACCAGCACCCCAAAGUCUUCCCAACGAUCGUCCCUCCAGCCGGCCUCACACCCUUUCUCUAGUCUGUCCAUGGGGCCCCCUACAGGCCGGAGUGACACUGCACCUCUCCCCAAGUAUUCCAGCUACCUCCAGGGCCCGAGGGAGGAAGGCCAGCGUUCCUCCCCAGCAGGAGCUCCGUCUACUGGGCCAGCGGGUCCUGGAUCCCCCUGCCUCCGUCCACCGAAAACACUAUCCCCAUCCCCCGAUCAAGAGCCACCUAAGGUGACCCACGAGCAGUUCAAGGCGGCGCUGCAGAUGGUUGUGGAUAAGGGCGACCCGCGUGCCUACCUGGAGAACUUUGUCAAGAUCGGCGAAGGUUCGACUGGUGUGGUGUGUAUCGCUCGGGAGAGGCACACAGGUCGACAGGUCGCCGUGAAGAUGAUGGACCUACGCAAGCAGCAGAGGAGGGAAUUGCUCUUUAAUGAGGUGGUGAUCAUGAGAGACUACAGGCAUAGGAAUGUGGUGGAGAUGUUCAAGAGUGCACUUGUGGAGGAGGAACUGUGGGUGAUCAUGGAGUACCUGCAGGGCGGCGCUCUCACCAACAUCGUCUCAGAAACCAGGCUAAAUGAGGAACAGAUCGCUACCGUGUGUGAGGCAGUCCUUCAGGCGCUGGCUUAUCUACACUCUCAAGGAGUUAUCCACAGAGACAUCAAGAGUGACUCCAUUCUCCUGACCGUAGACGGGAGGAUAAAGCUGUCCGAUUUUGGCUUCUGUGCUCAGAUCAGUAAGGACAUCCCCAAGAGGAAGUCCUUGGUGGGGACGCCAUAUUGGAUGGCACCAGAGGUUGUUUCCAAGACGCCGUACGGCACUGAGGUGGAUAUCUGGUCCUUGGGCAUCAUGGUGGUGGAGAUGGUGGAAGGAGAGCCACCGUACUUCAGCGAGACACCCGUCACCGCCAUGAAAAAACUGAGGGACGAACCCGCACCCACUGUCAGGAACACACACAAGGUCUCCCCAGUUCUGAGGGACUUUUUGGGCUCGAUGCUGACCCGGGACCCCAAGGAGCGGGCCAGUGCUGCGGCCCUCCUCCAGCACCCGUUCCUCCUGCAGAGCGGCACACCCCGAUGCCUGGUGCCCCUCGUGGAGCAGUUCCGCAAGAGGAUGUCACUCUGCUGAGGAAUAUUUACCCCUGCUGACGCCUAUUUGCCCCUGCUGAGGCUUACUUAUUUGCCUCUUCUGGGAUCACAUGCUGUUAGUAGUACCUGUCAGCAACAAUACAUCAUCUGUAGGGUAAAACUAACCUGUCUCACAACGGUCUAAUUGCUGCUUGUUUAUGUGUGUGUGAGAGAGAGAGAGAGAGAGAGAGAGAGAGAGAGAAAAUAUCUGUGGACAGCAGUUUUAUAUAUAAGUGUAUGGGCAUGCAUACCAGGAGAGACUCUCAGUUGACAGUUCCCCUCGGGGGUUUCCAGGCCCUACAGAGCUUUUCUGUUUGUCAUCUCUGACUGUUUUUUUUCCUCUCAGACUUAUUCCACCUGCUCUCACAUUUCUCAUUUUGUUCACAACACAUUUUUCACCCCAUUAAAUAAUCUUCAAGAUAGAUGCUGAAAUUGUGAAUGAAAUGAUGUGAACGCUUUGUGUGUGUGUGUGUGUGCGUGUGUGCGUGAGUUGAAAAAAAAUGUGUGUAACUAAAGAAAGACCGUUCACUCCUCUAGAAAACUGGCUUUGGGUACACUUGGUGACUAAGCACUUAGAGAGGCCAUUUUCAGUGAACGCACCGGGACCACUACACAUCUCAUGAACUGUAAAUCAAACUCCCUCUGCUAUGAACUCAGAUGGUGAACAGCAGCAGAGGAAUGUGAAACCCUGAAUGGAGUAUAAAGUGCCUGCCAUUUUAGCAGUAACUUAGUGGUAGAGAGAGUGACUCUGCCAUCUCAGCUGUGUUCUGAAAUGGUAGGAUAGUCACAGAGAAUGGACAAAAUUGUGAGGGCCAUGUUAGCUGUACCCUGGAAUGGUUUGUAGCCACAGUGAAUGGACAAAAUUGUGAGGGCCAUGUUAGCUGUACCCUGGAAUGGUUUGUAGCCACAGUGAAUAGGUUAAAAUGUGACUGCCAUCUUAGCUAUAUCCUGGAGUGAUAGGUAGUCACCGUGAAAGGAUUAAACUGUGAGCUCAAUCCCAGCUGUAUGGAGUGGUGGGUAUCUGCUUCAAUAAAGAGCCGUGCUGCUGGGACUCCACUUUGAGCCAUGCUGGGACUCUGGCGUCUUUACUUGUUACUACUGGUCCAAAUCCACAUUUAGGGCUGGUCCUUGAUAUGGCGUCAGUUUGAUCACAAUUUCAUUUUUAUCUGUAUCUUUUUAAAUAUCAUGUUUCUAUUUUUUCUAUCUACUGUUUUGAUUUAAAAAAAGAUUUUGUGCAAUUUUGGUGUGUGUGUGUGUAUGGAUAGGGGUAUGGUGUAAAUAA